CCUGAGACGGUUACAAACGAAUGGUAGACUUCCAUCUCACAGAACAGAAGCCAACCCAACCCAACGGCUGACCGCAACUUCCUCCACAACGCCUAUUAUAAUCCCUUCGUCUCCCCAUCUCCUCCAUCGUCCACCGCUAGCUAGGUCUCCUCCUCCUUCGUCGUCGGUCGAUCGACUCCCUCCCCUCCUUCGAUCGACGACUUAGCUCUCCAUUUCUCGAAACAAAAAAACCAACCUCAUUCUCUUCUAAUCAAUAGCCAACACAACGGAUUAAUUAAAUCCCCAGCUCCGCCCAAUCUCCCUCUCUUCCCCAGGCCACCGGUGGCGGCCGACAGCCUGCCCGCUGCCGCUGCCACCACCGACCUUCACUUAAACUCUUAAAGACCCCUCCAUCGUCAUAUAUAUAAUAAAAAUGACAUCUCAAAUAUCGACGCUGGUGAGACCUCAACAGCCCAGCGGCAACAAGAGGAUCAGGAACAAGAGGAACAUAACAGUGGAUGUCCCGGUGGCGAGGUUCGCGACGACGGCCUCCGCGCCACAAUCUCCGGUGCUCCCGAUGCAGGCUCCCGCGGCGACGGCGGACGAGGAGCAGCAGCAGCAGAGGAAGGCGGCGGCUCCGGCGGUGGCGGUGAAGAGCAAGAAGUGCCUGUCGAAGCAGCUGUCGAUGUGCGAGACGCCACGCGACGUGGCGUGGGAGCGGCGGAGGCGGCAGAUCCUGAGCCAGGAGCGCCGGAAGAGAGGGAUCCCGUUGAUGGAGUCGUCGGAGGACCUUACCGACGAGGAUCUCAACGAGCUCAAGGGAUGCAUCGAGCUCGGGUUCGGGUUCAAUGAGGAGAAAGGGCAGCACCUGACAAACACGUUCCCGGCGUUGGAUCUGUAUUUCGCCGUCAACCGCCAGCUGUCUCCCAGCCCGGUUUCCACCCCCAACCGCCGGUCACUCGAGCGUCAGCAGACGUUGGAAAGCCCUAAAAGCGACCCGGAAAAGGAUUGGAAGAUUUGCAACCCAGGUGACCAUCCAGAUCAAGUGAAGACCAAGUUGAGGCAUUGGGCUCAAGCUGUGGCCUGUUCAGUCAUGCAAUCUUACUAGCUUCUGACUAUUUAAGUAUUGGGAAAAGCUUUUGUGUAUAGGGGAAAACCAUUGACAAUAGAGGGGGUAAGAAAAGAGAGACAACAUUGACAUUUAGAGGAGAGAUCAGGGAGAUUGGGAAGAAGAAGGGAGGAGAAAAAAACAAAAAAAGACAUAUACUCACGAAUUAAUUAAACACUAAAAAAAUUUACCAUUGAUUAGUUAAUAUAGCACAGGAGAUCUUCUGACGGUUUGAUCAAAAGUACUACGUACUUCUGCAUGCAUACGAGUCGUGCGUGCUAGAGAUGUGGAUGGUCGAUCGUAGCUGCCUACAUGCUACACAAGAAGGAACACAAUCAAGUGAUUAAAUUGAUAACAUGCAUUGCAAUGAUUGUCGCGACAUUUGUAUUGAUGAGGUGGCAGUUUGACUAUAUAUAUCUCGAAACCUUCUUGUUCAUUUUUCAAUGAUCUUCUCUCUUUCUCCGUUUCCUCUCUCGUUGAAUGUUUGUGUGGUGGACUAGUUUGUUGCAUUGCGUUCGGAGAGAGAUCACAAAAGUUUGUCGUCGAUCAACAUGGCCAACUUUUUCAACUGUAGGGAUGUGAAGUCUCAAUAGGAGUGCACAAUAUUUUUGAAAUAUGAAGAAGAAUGCAGAGCAUCCCAGAACAUAGAGAAUGGUAUUAACAUUCUAAUAGAGCCAAGAAACGUGA